UUAAAAAUAUUCCAUUAGCCGCAGGGGCCGAGAACUGGGAGGGGUCUCCGGAGUAGUAGCGGCUUGCUUUGCAUUCUCGCUCGCCGCGCUGUCUGGAAACGGAUUCUCGGCGAGAACAGAGAAGACCACCGUCAUCGCGAGGAAAAAGCUUUUCCACAGCCCUGCUAAAUUGCGACAAUGCGUGACUACUCUGAAAACAAGGAAACAUGUGGGACCAUCUGUCUCAAAUAUCUCCUCUUCAUCUUCAACUUCUUUUUCUGGCUGGCAGGUGGAGCUGUGAUGGCAGUGGGCAUCUGGACCCUGGCUGAAAAGAGCGAUUACAUAAGCCUCCUGCAGUCCAAUACGUACAUGGCAACAGCCUACAUCCUGGUGGUGGCAGGCGUUGUGGUCAUGAUCACCGGCAUCUUGGGCUGCUGUGCUACAUUCAGGGAGCAGCGGAGCCUCCUGAGAGUGUAUUUCAUAUUGCUGCUGUGCAUCUUCCUGCUUGAGGUAAUUGCUGGGAUCCUGGCCUAUAUCUAUUACCAGCAGCUGAAUACGGAGCUGAAGCAAAAUCUGAAGGAGACAAUGACCCAGAAGUACAUGAAGCCGGAUGAAGUGUCUGUGACUAGUGCAGUGGACAAACUGCAGCAGGAGUUUAAGUGCUGUGGCAGCCAUAACGCUUCAGAUUGGAGUGACAGCGAAUGGAUCAAAUCUCCUGAUGCAUUAAACCGGAAGUUCCCAGACAGUUGCUGCAAGACAGUGACAGAUAAAUGUGGCCAAAGAGAUCAUCCUUCGAAUAUCUACAAAGAGGGUGGCUGCAUCACUAAACUGGAAAACUUCAUCCAGGAACACCUGAAAAUCAUUGGAGCAGUGGGGAUUGGCAUUGCUUUUGUACAGAUAUUUGGGAUGCUCUUCACUUGCUGUUUGUACAGGAAUUUGAAAUCUGAGCCUUACUAGGGAAGCUUGGAAGACCACCGCACCUGCUUGACUACACCACGUUCCAUCCCGUCACCCUAUCCUUUUAGGCAGCAGCACAGAAAAAAUCAACCUCGCAAGGACUUCUGCUGCUUAAGGAAACUUAUUCUUGGAUCACCCAGUGCCUCUGCCAGAGAAAGAGAGAGAGAGAUCAGUUGUCCUCCUUAUGGCAGUCGUGGAGGCCCAGGGCUUACCCAGUCUUUUCUUUGUGGUCCAGAGUCACGGAGUUGUAGAAUUCUUAUCUGCCAGAAAUGUUUCCAAGCCCAGGCCCAGCAUUCAAUCUGAAAAAGAGAUCAUCAAAGCUGCCAGGGGCCCCGGCACCUUUCCUGUUUCCCUUUUAGCUCUCUUUUAACCAAGACGUUGACUCUCCGAUUGACUGACAACUAGCCCACAAGGAUGCAUAAGGCAUUCACAGGUUGGGAGAUUUAAAUCCUCUCUUCCUGCACCCAGAAGAAGUGCCUUUCUGGACCAGUGGAAGUUCUGAUGCGACGGCUCUUUCCCAUCCAAGGCAGUGCCUCUUUCUGCUGGGUAAUCUCUUCUCCCGAUCUCCUUGAGGUUGUGCCUGAGAGAUGGAUGGACUAGGUUACCCACAAAGCCGGCUGCUUCAUGCUCAGGGCCUCCCCUCUGCCCCAACAGGAGGCCCCCCUGGAGACGAGUCUUGUGCCUUUCAGGCCAGGUGUUGCAAGACUUUUUUUGUUCUGUUAAUUAGAAGCCUUGGCCUACUUUUUCAAACAGACACACAAACAUUAAGCUUUCUGUUGAAAUGGUUUCCUGCCUCAACUGUGCUGUCAAGAUAACCCGACUCUGUGGAAUGGUGCAGCUCCCCUUUUCAUAGGAAUGAGCAUCCUCUCCCAGAAUGACACAUCAUUUAACUGGGGGAAAACAUACUUCUACUUGUUUUUGUGUUGAUCUUCAAAGUCAGAUUAGCCAGCCAGGUACUCUCUAGCUGGCAUGAAAACCCAGAAUUCA